AUGGGGUGGUCCACACGGGAAUCUGCUUUCUCUUGCGAUGAAACCUCCGUGGCAACAAAUGUCUACGCUCUGGUCAUCGGCAUCGACAAGUACAAGUCCCGCGAUAUCGACGACCUCUAUGGAGCUGUCUCGGACGCCGAUGAUGUGUACAAGUACCUGCACACAGACCUAAGCGUCCCGACGCAUCACAUCGUGAAUCUCCGCAAUGAGGAAGCAACACGAGACGCAAUCAUACGGGAGAUCAAGGCAUUCAGCAGCCGCGUAGGGAUACGGAAAGGCGACGCCAUUGUCAUCUACUAUGCAGGGCAUGGCACUACCGCGAUCGCACCUCCGGAAUGGCACUCAGGCAAUGGUCGGGUAUCACUCAUCGUUCCGUACGAUGCGGAUAAGAAGCUUCAGACCGUCGGACCGCUGUCCCAGCACUCCAUCCCAGAUCGAACCAUCGGCGCUCUCCUUCAUCACCUUGCUGAGGCGGGAUGUGGUGGCGGUAUGGGCAACAACAUCACGGUGAUCUUCGACUGCUGCCACUCCGGUUCGGGAACUCGCGGUUUCGCUUCCCCUGACAUUCCUGACCCGCACCGGCGCCGUCAAAGAGGCUUCGCAUUGGAAGGAGCCCUCUCGGCGACGUUGGACGCAGACGUGAUGCGCGCAGUCAAACGCGUUCGUGACAUCAACGUUCUUGAGGGCUUCACGCAUGCAGGCGCCAAAUCGCACGUAUUACUCGCCGCCUGUCGCGAGAACGAAUCCGCCUUCGAGAAUGAUGGUCGCGGAUACUUCACUCGAGAGCUCCUGAAAGCCCUACGCGCCGUGAAACCUCACGAGACGACAUAUCAAGAGCUCAUGCGACGACUUGAGUACAUCCAAGGCCAGACUCCUCAGUGCGAAGGUCACUAUGCCGAUCGCGUACUGUUUGGUCUGCGUGUGCCAGGAAAGCACAAGGUGUAUCUUGCGAAACCUAUCGGCAGUGGCAAGUUCGUCGUGUACGCGGGUCUUCUCAACGGCGUAGCGAUCGACGCUCGUUUUUCCAUAUACACGGACAGCGCAUUCAAAGUCGAGGAUCCACCGAUGGCGACCUUGAGGACGGUCAAGGUCCAUGCGUUCUCGUCUGAGCUGACAGCUUGCAACCCACGCUCAAUCAUGAGCAAGGAGCUACAGCUCAAUAACGCAUCACGUUACUUCGCUGUGCCUCAAACGCAUCUCGAGAGGACGAAUGCGUUCCGGUCGUACGUGGCUUCGGCGUUAGAUCCCGGAAACUUUCAGGGUUUCAAGGAAAUUGCAAAGGACCUUGCGUGCACUCCUAAGGCCGACGGCAGCAAGGCCAGCAGCGCGAUUGGCAGUGGAAAGGUCAUCGCUACUAUUCGCGAUGUCGUGUCGACAACCCAGGACCUAUUGGCUUUACACGGACAAAAGACCAAGACCCGGGAGGCGCACGCCAUGGAGAACGCCAUCUCUCGCUUCGACAAUCAGUUGUGCCAGGCGCCUGAUCAUAGCUUCUUAAGGAAGAAGAUCGAUGUCGAGAUCCUUCAGCUUAAGCGCGACAUGAUCGGCCCAGAGGAGGGUGUAUGUUGGAUGGCACAGGGACCCAACCUCUACGACCAGGAGUCCGGGAUAGCGCACCUUCGCGCGCAGGACGGCACGCCAUACGGGAUCUUGUUGCGGAAUCAUUUUGCAGUACCGCUUCACGUGUGGGCGUUCUACUUUGAUGACAGUACCCUGGCCAUCACCGAAUAUUAUAGACCACCGGCGACAGGAUGUAAUGCUGAAGGAGUGCUUCCUGGAUCAUGCGAUCAUUUGCAACCGGGGUGCGGUCAUCCUGAGGACGUAAGAUUGAAGGGCGAGACUAAGGGCGAGCUCACGAUUGGUUAUGGCGCUGGCGGUGGACAACCCUGCGAGUUCGUUUUGCGCCGGCAUGUGGACGAGGGGCUUGGUUACAUCAAGCUCUUCCUUUCAACACAGCCUAUCGACCUGUUGGACUUCGAACAAGCCUCGCCGUUCCAGUCCGUCAAGACUCGUCAUCCCACCCAGCCGAAGAGGGACGCGAUGCCCUUGUGGGAUACUAUAACGAUCAUCCUAGAACUCUUGUACUAUUUGUGA